GCCACUUCUCAGUAGCCGGAGAGAUUUCAUGCGGGUUGGUAGACGUUGCCGCUGUGCGUGCUGCAGAAAAAGGAGAACUAGCUCUGUUGAGCAACAGAACCUUUCCUGUCCGGUGGUGGUGUGUCGUGGGGUAGUGGGGUUUGUACGGAUUAAGGGAACAGGAUCAGAGACUGAAGAAAAAUCUCAGCACCGGAUUCCCUGCUGGUUCAGUUCCGCAACCGUAACCGCAUUCUUUCGCUCCCUCUUCCCCUGUUUAUCCUUCAUUUUAACGCCAAUUCUCGUUAGCUUUCCACAAAAGGAACAUAAAAAAAUAGUGCAGAAGGAGCAGAAUUAGCAGUGCCCGUGUAUGAAGUGUUAACGGAAGACAUGCUCCAAUAGUGAAGAAAUAGAAUUCUUCCUCACCAUUUUCUGAUUGCCACCGUUUGCCGUCUGUGAGCUAAAAAGGUGUCUGCGUGUGUGCAAACCUGUGUAAAGAAGAGUACACACUUCACGGGUGUCCUUUAAUUUGUCGUGUUGGUGGAGGUCCAUUUACUGAGUUACAGUGUCCGGCCCUGGUAGGCAGCAGCAGGUAUUCCAGGAUAGCUCGGUAAUGUGAAGAAGAGGACAAAAUGUGUGCUCACUGGAGCGUAAGUCAGCGUCCUAGCAAAAAAAAAACCCCACGCGUAGGAAGGUGCCCGUGAAUGAAAUUGUGAACACAACGGAAAAGCACAGCAUUUUUCCAUCGGUGAAGGAAAAGCAAUAGGAGAAAGUGCGGCUGCGUGUGCGUGUGUUUUGUGUGGUGUGAUUUUUCAAUUAGUGUCACCGAAAGGAACACUCCACCUCCUUUCGGUAAAACCAAAAAAUUAACCGGAGAUGGCGCUAACACUAGGCUGAGGUCAACAAUCGUCACUCAAACUCACCGCACAAUUUCGGUACUGUGCGGUGUCACGCAGUGUAACGAUCAAAGUGUGAUUUGGCGUGACGACGGAAGUUACAGUGUGCGUGUGUGUGUGUGUUUGAGAGAGCUGUCAAAUAAUCUAAGCCGAUUAUUUUCCGAUCCGGUGGUAUAGUGCAAAAUCAAUUGAGCAUUGCGUUUCAUAAUCGUGUUGAGAUUAUACCCUUCUGCUAUCCAACCCACGGAAUUGUGCGCAAAAAUCUUCCCCAUAAACAUCGCCCGAAGCGUCAAGAUGGCUGGAAUGGAUUAGAAAGCAUCAUCCUAGUAGGCAGUGAUUAGCUGUUGCUUGCGCGUGAAGUGAUUCCAGUGUUUGGUGGUGGGCAACAAGUUGCGGCACUUCCUCGUAACAAUGUUCUGUACCAAGGGAAGGGAAAGGGAUGCAGUUUAGUGGAUAUCAUCAUAUCUCUUGUGACAAGUGGCGACAAGUUUUUCCCUUUUGCCCAGGAAGUGAGUUUUGGUGUGGAAUUUAAAUAUGGCCGCCGUUGAAGCUUUGCCGCAUUCGUGAGCGUAGAACGUUCAUCCCUGGCGUGGUAGUGAAAACUAUUGCUUCGUAUAUUGCUGGCGAGUCCACCUACCCGUGGUAUGGAACGUUUGGAAUCGUGCAUACCACCGUUCAUACCGCGCGCGUAAUGAGGAUUCUGUGUUCACCAGCAGCAGCUGUAAAUAGUUCAACACUUCCGCUUCUACUGUUUGACGUUCCGAUACAGCCAUAUUACACUGCGCAUGCAUUAGAGUGUUUGUACAUAUGUUCAAUCGUAGCCGCAAAUUGCGACACGUUUCGUAAUAACCAAUGUGCCAGCGAAUGAGCUGGAAGAUGUAGUAAUCACAAAUAAGCAGUUAAAAGGGUAAAGAAAUAGUGUGUAAUCCCGUGUAAAUGCCAACAGUGUAUUGCCGACAAACUAAGCUUCCACAUUUGCGAACGAGGAGGUUCGAAGGCUAGACAGAGUAGGGAUUAAUCAAAUACCCUUACUUGUGUUACAAUGGUUCGUUACUAACUUGGUACUUUGUAAUAAAUCGUUCGGUAAGAUAAUCGUGGGUAUCUUAGCUAUAAAGUACGAUCGGAAAAUGUAACCCCAUGUAUCAUUAUUUGCAACGUUAAUGAUUGAACAAAACAAAAAAAGCGUCCUCACCCACACGUAGAGAAAAUGAAAUCACUACAUUAUGCUGUCCAUGCAGGAUGCUUUCGUGAGCCCGCCGAUCGCUGGUGACGAUGCUGUACAUAAAAAUGCUACCAGUGAAGCACUGGCAGCCGACGACCGCCGGUGUCUGUGUCAUCGGGCAAAUGGUGUAUAACAUCACCAAGGCAAGAUAGCGAGACCGCGGGUGCGCGUACAAAAGUGUGUUUGUGUGUAAUGUGUGCGUGUGUGCCGGUUGUAUGUGUGUAAUGGUGUGUAUAAUUCUAAAGCUAAACAUUACGGAAGUGCCAUCGAUUCCGUAGCGAAAAGUUCAGAUUGAGUUAAAUAGGAUGGAAUAAGCGAAACAAGUGUGAAAUAUACUCUGGCGGAAAAUGUGUUCCCUCCGCAGCACCAACGUGUAAUCCUCCAUCGCAAAUGUGCAGCAGCAGGC